AGCUGUGCCCGACCGCACCUCGCCGACUGCGACUCCCUGCCUGCUGCCUGCAACCCGAGCGAGCGCAAUUUCCUUGUUUCGCAGCGGCACCACCUCCAUGGUGUAGUUCGAAGACAGGACAGGGUUUUUCGACAGAGAAUCAUGCCUCACCGGGGCUGCUGAGACUGGGAGUGCGACCCGCCGUCCGCCCUGAAGUAUGGGGUGCAGCACCUGCGAGUGGACAUGAAGAGCGUGCCAUUGCAUUUUUCGUUACUCCUCCUAGCCUUUCUGCCGCCGCAAUGUCCCGUUUCCGGCCCCCGUCUCACCCUGGCGCAGCACGUGGCCACGCUGGACAAGUGUCCGCCGCUGUCGCAGAACCCGUCGUGUCCGUGCUACAACUUCGAAGACGGCAUCUUCCUCGAGUGUCCGGCCAUCUCGUUCGGCGCGUUGCGCAACGUGCUCGAGCAGGUGCGCGCGCCCAUCAAGUCGCUGAGCCUGUACGAUCUGGAGAAGAACGUGACCAUCCUGCCGGACAACCUGUUCCCCAACCACACGGCCAUCACGCACCUGCAGAUCACGCAGUCGUCCAUCAAAAACCUGCGAGACAACAGUCUGCAGUCGCUCAGGGUGUCGCUCGAGUCGCUCGGAAUUUUGCACGCGCAACUGCAAAGCGUGCCCCAAAGGGCACUUUCGGGACUCGCCCUGCGUGGCCUCAACCUCGAGGGCAACUUCAUCACAGAGCUUCCUAGUUAUUCAUUUUAUGGACUGCACUUGAUGAAGAUCAACGUGAAGGGAAACCAGCUGGAGAGGAUCUCGGAAUACGCGUUCGCAGGAUUGGAAGAGACCCUCACGGAAUUGGAGCUGACGGAGAAUAAGCUACGAACUUUCCCGGCCGCCGCGCUCAGGCGGCUCGAGCAGCUGAGAGCACUUCAUUUGGCAUGGAACGAGAUAUCGACGAUCCAGGACGACGGCCACUCGCGCCUCGACUCGCUCACGCUGCUUGACUUGAGCUCUAACAACCUGCAGGCUGUGGCAGCUCACAACUUUCGCUCCAUGCCAGCCCUGCGGUCACUUUCCCUCUACCACAACGGUGUCGAGACAGUGCACCCCGACUCACUCGCCAUGCUGCCCCAACUCGAAUCGCUCGACCUCAGUCAUAACAAGAUCGUGCACCUGGAUUCAACAACGUUCCGGGGCAACGCCAAAAUACGGACGGUCGAUUUGAGUCAUAAUCACGUGCACCACAUAACAGGAGUGUUUUCGCACCUGCAAGAGCUGCGCGAGCUGAUUCUCUCCGAGAACAACAUCCUGGAGGUGCCCCGCGGUGCCUUUACCGAGUCCAUUCAACUCUCGGUGGUGCACCUCCAGCAGAACGCGAUCCGCCGCGUGUCGGGCGAGGCUUUUGUUUCGGUGCCUUCAUUAACCGAGCUGCACCUAAGCGACAACUUCAUUAGCGACGUUCCCGCCGAACUGUUCGCCCAUCUCGACAAACUCACGUCGCUGAGCCUCGACAACAACCUCAUCAAAAACCUGGCACCCGGCACAUUCAGCGCGUGCAACUCGUUACGCGAGCUGCGAUUGCAAAACAACCGUAUCGAGCACGUCCAAUCGGGCGUAUUCUCAUCACUGCCUUCCCUGAUCGAGCUGCACUUGCAGAAUAACGAAAUCAAGUCUAUAGACGGCAAAGCGUUCUACUCGAUGAACAAUCUGCAGCACAUCAACCUGCAGAGCAACAAGCUGACCCGGCUCGGCGACGUUUUCGCCCACAAGUCGUCCAGCCUUGUGUCCAUCCAGAUGGACAACAACCGCAUCAGCAGCAUGCACGAGUUCACCUUCAAAGGUCAGGGCGGCGUGCAGAUCAUCUGGCUCAGCCACAACGAGCUCAACCGCAUCGAACGCACCCUGUUCCAGGACCUGUUGCUCAUCCAGCGGCUCUACCUGACCAAUAACUCGAUUAGCUCGAUCGAGGACCGCGCGUUCGUCAGUCUGCAGGCGCUGCAGUUCCUCGACAUGUCGCACAACAAGAUGCGGCAAAUCACACGCCAGAGCUUCGCCGACCUGAGCGAGUUGGAGGAGCUCAGCCUGGCGUCCAACCUGAUCCAAUCUAUCGCCCCACGUGCCUUCUCCAGCCUGAAAAAACUUCGCACCCUCGACCUGUCAGGCAACUCGCUGAACGUCAUCCACGCCGAGAUGUUCCAGAUCGGACUGCCGAUCAGGGUGCUCAACCUGAAAAACUCGUCGGUGAACAAGAUUCAGGAGGGAGCCUUCAGGGGACUGAACAACCUGAACGAACUGAACCUGGAGGACAACCGCUUCGGCGCCGAGACGAUCAACCAGCUAGACAUUCCCGGCCUCAGGGUGCUCAGGUUGUCGAGGAACAACCUGAAGGGACUGGACUCGGAGUCGCUGAAAGGCCUGGGCUCCUUGACCACCCUCUACUUGGACCGCACGCAGCUCAACAAAUUGCCGCACGACAUUUUCCAGGCCAACCACAAUUUGAACAAAUUGGAUUUGGGCGUGAAUAAAAUCAAAGUGCUGCACAAGGACACUUUCGGUAAUUUAGGGGCGCUGCGUGAGCUGCGAUUCAACGGCAACGCGAUGCUGGAAUUCCCCUACGCCGCGAUUGCCAAUGUGACUAGUUUAGAGGUAUUGAUCGCUUCCAAUAAUGCGAUGCCGAAUGUGGAUUUUAAUCGGCUGAUUGGUCUACGUAAGCUGCGAGAGCUCGACCUACACGCAAACUCGAUAACGAGCAUUAUUGGCUUCACAAAUACAAAUUUAUCUCAUUUGCAAAGCCUCGAUUUGAGUGAUAAUUUACUUACGGGCUUGAUCAAUAAUUUCUUCCACUUCUCCGUGGGGAUCCUGCGGAUCAAUCUGGCGAAAAACCAAUUUAGGCACAUUCCCACACCUCUUUCGGGCCAGAACUUGCCGCAGCUGCGUUUUUUAAACAUGACCCAUAAUCCCGUCACCGAGCUGGUGUUCGCACGCCGAUUCCCCUCGCUCCAAGAAAUCCACAUUUCGCGCACUAACGUCACCGUCAUCGCCAGCCGGGAUUUCGAAAACUACCCAAUGUUGCUGCACUUGUUCCUCAAUCACAACAGAAUAAUGAAAAUCUCUCCGAGCGCUUUCAAGAGCUUAAAGCAGCUGGCCACCUUGGAUUUGAGCGUCAACCAGAUCGAAAUGAUUCCCCAAGAGAGAUUGCAGGGAUUAUUCGAGCUGCGAGUGCUCAACAUAAGCCACAACCAAUUGAAAGAGUUGGAGGUCUUCACCGGCGACCUCAAGUCCCUGCAAGUGCUCGACAUCUCGUUUAAUCAAAUUUCCCGCAUUGCCAAGUCCACGUUUAGUCAAUUAGAUAAACUCACCGAGCUCCACUUGUACGGUAACUGGAUCUCCAGCAUCGCCAACGACGCCUUCAGGCCGCUGAAAAAACUCAAGUACCUCGACCUUGGUCGCAACUAUCUCGAAAAUUUGCCCCUCAACGCCCUGAAACCCCUGGAGACGCAAAUUAGAAGUCUGCGAACCGACGAAAAUCCGCUGCACUGCAGCUGCGACGCUCAAGAGCUGUGGGAGUGGUUCCAGGACCACCAGAAGCUGCUCGCCACCGGCAGCCGCCUCAAGUGCGAGUACCCUCUCGAGUUGAAGGGUCAAAACUUUCUCGAGCUGGAGCCGCCGCGCUUCUGCACCACGCCGCUCGUGCUCAAACUGGCCAUCCAGGACAUCCAGACGUUCUCGGUGGUCGUGUCGUGGGUGCCGCGCAACCACAGCGGCAUCCACGGCUAUCGCGUCGGUUAUCAGUCGCUGGACCACCCGUCCGACCACGUCAAGUCCAAAUUCAUGGAGAAGUCGUCGCGCAGUGUCAAACUGUCGCGGCUGCAAGCAAACACGCGCUAUCUCAUCUGCGUGAUGGGGCUAACCAACUGGGACCCGGGAAACGUCAGUGAGGACGCUGCAAAUGGAAUGGUGGAUUCCAGCAACUCAAAAUGCACCGAGGUGAGCACGCUGGAGCCCGUGGAAGGGGCCAGGGUGGAGGUUGUGCAGGUGUCGAGCGGCAAGUCGGCGCGCAACAUUCCUGAGGGAUCGGUGCUGACCCGCAGACUGGGCCUGAUCGUGGGCACCACGAUGGGCGGACUCGUGUUCAUUGUGCUGGUCGGCUGCCUGUCCUACCUGAAGAUCAAGAAGCGGCGCAAUUUGAAGACCGAGGAGGGUGUCGGGCCGCAGGAGUACAUCACCUACGACCGGCAGAUCUCCUUCCAGAGCACGGACCCCAACCAGAGCACCAUGGGCACCACUGACACGCUCAUUGGAAGCUAACUAAUAUUUCGCCUAACAUAAGGGCGGUAAAUGAAGACGAGGACUAUUGUUUUUACGUCGAUUCUGCAGAGAAGAUACAUAAUAUAUAUAUUUUGAUUAAGUGCUUUCUCGAUCAACCAAUGAACUGGAAUGUUUGUCAUUUUUUCGACCUCUAACUGGACGAUUUCGGCCAACGCAAUAAUAUGAAGCAACUUGUGAGCAAUGGUGGUGAAUUUUUAUCAGUGCUUAAUUCGUUUGAAACUGCGUUUCAUCUCAGCUUUUGCGUUAGGUCAGUUUUGCCAUUUACAGUGAAAUGGACGAUUUCAUAGAGACAUUCGCAGUGGAAUUGCUCAAUUAGUUUGAGUUGAGAUCAAAUUAUCUAGUUCACCACCAAAAUGCACGUGCAAAUUCAUCUUCAAAUUCACUUAAUCUAAAAUUCAAUUUCCAUUUUUCCACUUGAAAUCGCUUGAGAGCUAGAAAAAUACUUAGGUCCCCCGGAAACCCCGACACCGCCAAGUUUUUUCCAUUAAAAUUUAUCUUAAUGUUCAAAAACAGCUUCACAGCAAGGAGCGGCAAAGUGGAAGCUAUUACCGCGUAUAUGCCAACAGGUUCGCGAGAGCGGAUUAUUAAAACUUGCACCCUUUUUCUUAAAGUAAAAGAAGGCUCCAUUGAAAGUUGAGCGCCGAAAGUUUGUGUGUUUCGAGAGUGCACCGCGCGCGGAGGUGAAUGGGCUGAUUUAAAUGCAUGCAGUGCCAGUCGCGGCGGUGGCGCAAGCAAAAACACGCCGCCGCAAUGUAUCAUUCGAUUAAAAGUUUUAAUUGUCUAAUAAAUUCAUUAGGCCGGCGCGCCGGGCCGACUGGUUGGUUGCUUUGCCACCUUCUUUACCGCACAGCAAAGUGUGAUGGAUGUUGGGCUGAACAAGAAGAAUGCCCGCCAGGUAAUUCAUUCAUUCGUCCAUUCAUUCAUUUGGCAUUGUAAAUUACCCGACAAAGUGUAAUAAUGCAUCAACAUUAAUAUCAAAAGUUGCGGCGCCUCGCGCGCGCGGUUGGUUGUUUCGCGCUAUUUUUUUCAGCGCGGAGAGGUGUGUUGCGCAAUUUUUUAUGAAAGGCCGCUGCAAAAGCGGAAAAAGAGGCAACCGAAAAAGUUUUUAUGGUCACCACAUAAAAGGGAGAGAGUUAUUUUUCCGUGUUAAAUUUAAUGCGACACCCCGUCAUGCAGGAAAUUUUUCAAAAGUCAUUCGACCACGCACGCGGCGGGCGCCAACUUUGUAAGUGAAAAUGCUCCUUUUUUAAAACUUGCGCCCGAUGAAAUUAGCCGUGACUCCAAAUGGAAUCCACAGCGUACGUGGAUAAAUUAUAGCGUUAUACCGAGCACAAAAAGAGGAAGCGCUCUUGUGUUGAUACUAAGGCACAGGGAGAUGCGCAAUGUUUAAUUCAACAGACAGGCCUUCUGAAAUUCUUCCACUUUCGUCAAAAAACAACUUUGCUCUUUUAAAUUUAUCUUUGUUGGAAUGCACUAGACAAAAUUUAAAAUUUUCCACCUCACGCGAAAAUUAAUUCAACCCUCUCUCGUUUGAUAGUCUAACAGUCAAUAUAAAAAAGUGUCACGUCUGAAAAAUGCAAAAAAAAAAUCACCGGCAUUCAAUCUUGAACCAAUUUUUAAUUUGAUUCAAAGAUUGUCUCAUAAAUUAAUUAUUAGUUAAACAAAAUCAGAUUUAAAUUAAAAGAACCUAAAAUUCUCCUGUGAGGUGGCUGGCAAGUGGCAAUUGUCAGUUUGCGCAUCUCUUUUCAACGCCUGCAGCGUCAUGCAUUCAAUUUAUCAAAGCGCUUUUUCCCCAGUCGUGCGAAAUUGCGCGCCGUGUAGGUGUUACUGGCCGAAUGGCACUUUUUCUGCGAGUGCCAGCUCGCACAUCGCGUUUUGUGCGCCGGAAAUCUUGUCAUUUGCGAGUAGGGCGCGAGCAAAAGGAGACAAUGGGCCGAGAAACAAAAACCACCUUUAGUAAAAGGCAAUAAAUUAAACUGUCUGCGCACGCUCGCUUUUGAAGUCUACGUGGGGGGUAUAAGAAAAGACAAAACAGCGGCUUGUCAUAUUAUGCAUCGCCCCAGCGGAGAGAUAUGCGAGUUGCGACGGGAAAACGGUAGUCUGUUGACAAAGUAAUUUAAAAUCUGACGUUUCUCAUCAGCUGGAGACGUCUCCUCGUUGCUUCCGCGUUACGAAUUCUGCGACGUAAGAGCCAACUCUUUACUUUUGCUCCCCUGCAAUGCAAAUAAUUUAUUUUAUCCCGCGACGGGAGGCUCGACCUUAUUUUAAAUUCAUUCUGCUGCAUAGUGCGAAUAAAAAAUGGCCGAGUUGCAUAAAUAAAGUUUCACAACCCCACUGUGCAAGCAUGAUGAAAUGCGUAAAAUUUCUACUUGAUUAUUAAAUCAUUUAAUCCUGCCAGAGGUGAGAUUUUCUCCAAAGUGCUUUACGGGGCAUAUUUUUUUUUAAUUUGGAAACGUCGUAUUUUCUGGACCAAUAAAAAUAUAACGCUCAUUUGAAUUUGAAAACAAGGUAAAACUGCUUGCGAUUUAGAAAGAGCUUCCGUGCCCCACUUAUCAAAUGCCCAUCUUUCGAGUUAAUGGAAGCUACACAGCCCGCGGGAAGUCUGUGCGCACGGGCUGCGCUUUAUCUCACUCAGAGCCCUUGGAAACGAGCAACACACAGAGACGUUAAUUCAAUUUCGCUUGAGUGAUAUAUAAAAAGUUGCUGCAAGCACACAACUGGAAAGAAAGAAUGCAUCUCGCAGCGUUUUGUUUCGCGAGAGCGAUUCGCAUUCCAUCCAAAAGUAUAUACACCAACAUUCUGGCAGGAAAACCUUCAAAGCGUGCGUCUGUGAUUUGCGCGGUUGAGUUGUGCUUGACUAGCGUACGUACACGUCUCUCAGUCAAUUCAAAGUCUUCAACUCGAACGCGAAACAAACUUUUUCUUGCGCCACGCCGAUUCCCAGCGGGGAAGUUUGUCAGUUUUAGUUUUGCUCGCGCAGCUCAGAAGAGUCUGGCUGGCUCCUUCGCCGCGCGGCUGACGUACCUCUUCGGCAGCCAGAGCACCUGCCUGGCCGGAAUACAAAAGUAAUUAGCGCGCCAUCCCGGCGGAGUAAAGCCGAGGGAGAGAGAGAGAGAGAGAGAGCUGUUUUACAAUUCCGGUUUGCUGCUUUGCAUGCGACGUGGAUAUGAAAAUUAGCCUGAAUGGCAGUCUAAUUGCAAGCACUCGGCGGCCUGCGUUUGCACCUAGUAGAGGCCAUCCGCUCGGCGCUGUAAAACGAGCAGUCUGAUGUGUAUCGGCAUUUUAAAUUGUUUCAUUUGCGCGAAAAUUAAACACUUUUGACUGCACAAAAUAUAUAGCUGUGUAAAAUUGCUCUGGUGCAUUAAUUUUAGCAACAUGGUUAUUUUAAAUCGAUAUGAAACCCGUUUCAACAGUGCAUAUCCUCUUAACUGACAAAAUAUUAUUUAAUUGGUUAAUCCUAAUGAUACAUUGCGGGCAGAGUAUGUUUUUAAAUGCAUUUUCCAAACUACAUUUUCAAAGGGCAGUUAUCACUAAUUUAAAAGGCAUCGAUAUAUACCGUUGACUGCAGCGGGUGAAUGAAAAUUUUGUUUUGUCACAUAUAUAUUAAUAGUAUCAGGCAUGUAUGAAUAUAAAACUCGCAUCCACUUUUGCACAAUUACGCCAUUCGGUUUCUCGUUUGGCCUGCCGCUGGACAAGCGUAGCAGCAGUUUUAUUUGCAUAAAUUUAUAUUUGCCAGCGCACAACGGCAAUCAUUGUGUGGGGUGGUCACACAGCAAUUUUCCAAUUUUGUAUUUUAUGUGUUUCGGUUUUAAUGAAAUAGUUAAUGAAUCGACCGGUCUGCGUUGCUUUCAAAGAAGCAAUUAGCCGUUCGUUGGAAAUUAAAUCAGCGCCAUAUUGGUUUUCACACCAACGUUUUCAAAUGCUAAGUGAUGAAGUCAAAUUUUUCACAGACAAUAAAAAAUCGCAACAGUUAAUUAGGCAUAAAUGCAAAAAACAUUUAAUAAUAUAAAUGAAAAAAACUGUUUUGUGUUUAUGACCGUUCCGGAAUUAUUCCCUAAACAAAUCUUACGUCAUUAAAAACUGCUCUCCAGAUUAAAAGGACAUUUUUCUUCAAAUAUUGAGCUUGGAUGUUUGCAUAUACUUAAUUGAAUUGCAAAACUUUUUCAUAAUUUUGACAGCGUUUAAAUUAAUUUAACAUUCCACGGUGGAAAAAGCAAUUUACAGAAAUUGCCAGAUGAAAAACUUUUUAUUUCAAAAGAGCAGUAAUCUUAUUUCAAAGCAAACUUUGCUUAAAGAAACCUCGUCUCGGCGACUUUGUGCGUCGCUUUCUCUCUAUCGUCAAAAAAGUUUUAGCCCACCGAAGCAAGUUCAUUUUGUAAGAUUUCGCGAGCGUUCCGAACCUCUAUAAUGGAGUCUCGCAGCGGCUGCCCGAAAAUGAGUGCAGAUUUUAAGUCUGCCACAUUAUCAUGUCUGUGACGGUGCUUUCAUUUGCCGCAGUUCUCGCCCCCAACACGUACACUAUGGCAAUACCAUUUCACACCGUGCAUGUACCUUACAAAUUUAUACUGUACAUUUGCUCGCUCUCACACAACUUUCGAGGCAUGCAAGAGCAGCGCUUUUAUCUCAUUUUCUUUGGCCAGCAUUUUAUGCUGCUUCGUGCAUAUUUUAAUUGGACGACUCAUUAAAAUUGUCAAGCAGCGGCAAACUUUCAUUGUGCGCCGCACUGUUUUUAUUUCAGCUCGUGUGUAUUGUUAUGAACGGGUACAAGCAGUGGAUUUUGGCUCAUUAACGUGCGCUAGCCGACACACUCUGCUAAUUUUAAAUGUGGCCUUUUUGGGUUAAGCAAGUGCAAAAAGCGUUCUGCUCGUGGUGCGGUCACGGCGGUCACUUCUACCCUCCUUGCUGAAGCGAUCAGAGUAAAAAUAUCGAAAAUUGUAAGAUACGAAUCUUUCCAUUUGAAAUAAUUCAGGUUUCUCUCAAAUUUUAAAUGUAGCGGUUGAAGGUUCACAAAUUACCCUUGAAAAAAACAACAGAACAGUUCAUGAGUGUAACAAUGUUUACUUUUGUUAUAGGAGUAUCGUUUAGAUUUCAUUAACAAGUUAACUUAAAAAGUGUAUCAAUCAAUCAUUGCUUGUUGAUCAUGUUUUGAGAAAAUUUCAUGUUUUUUCAAAUGUAUUGUUCAUAUGUCUGAAGAUUUCAUCUUCUCUAUGUGCAUGCAAAAUCGAUAGUUUCCUCGUCUUUCUGCUCAAAUCAUAAUGUAAAAAUCAUUGCAAAGAUUUUAUAAAAAAAAAACACCUCAAAAACCGAAAAAAAUACGAGCCGUGUGAAAUAAUGUCAUAUUCACUCGAAACAAAAUAAAAAUCUGUAGAAUCAGAAGGCAAUUUUAUACCAGAACCCAGGAGUAAAUUUAAAAAAGACGCGUGGCGAUGUGUAUCAAGAGGAAAUUGAGCGUGAAAGUGGAAAUAAACUGUUUGUGUUCAUCGUGCAAAAAGGACUAAAAGAAUGUGAAUCAAUAAUUAAGGCAACUUGAUGUAGCAUUUGAUUAUUUUUAUAGGAAAGUUUAUAAAUGUACGGCCGUGAAGAAGGCCUGUUAUUAUUAGAGCUUUCACAGCAAAACUGUAGAUUUUCAGCGUUUUUCUUUUCAUCUACAGUUGCUAUAACAGUUAUUUUAAUAAUUUUGUUUCUCAGACUAACUUCAGUGCUGCAUUGGUUGAAGAAGAGGUCCUUCUUUUUGGAAGAGAUCUCAUUUCCUAUUUCAGAUUUCAACAAAUAUAUUAUAAAUGUAUCGAUUUGAUUAAAGUUGCUCUAUUUUUUAUUCCAAUUUGUGGCUAACGUUGACGAAAGUUUGAUUGUAAAUUUUAUGCAUGUUCCUCAGUUGAUGUUCAAACUUUCCUGAAAAAGGAUGUAGUUCUUGGUGGAAAUAUAACAUUAUGUGGCAACUUUUGCAUUUUUCUCUGUCCCGCCGACGCCGACGCUGCUCUCUCCUGUAAAAAGCGUUAAAAGAAACAAUCGCCAUAUUUCUCAAUAACUCUUUUUCUCUUGACCCGUUGUUACAAAGUUAUUACAUCCAAUACCUCCCCCGAAGAUAUAUACAUUAUGUACGAGCAAGCGCGACUUUCCAUAAAUCAUGUAGAUAAAAGGGACAAAAGUUUUAUUGUUUAGAUCCUAGUUGCAGCGAGCGCAAAAGAAAGCAAAACAAAAACCUUCCAUAAAAACAUGUAAAUGGUUGAUAUUCCAAACAGAGUCAUAAUAAAACUAAAAAAUAUACAAAUGAAAAACGUCACUUGGA